UUUAUGCUGAGAUACAGGUAAAACUUGAUUUAAAAAGAAACACCCUGUGCCGCAACUGUCAACAGAGGAAACCUCAACGAAAAAAAGAAGAGUAGAAGAGGAAAACACCACCUGGAAGGAUUCCGGGGCGGCAGGACAUUUUGCGCAAACACACACGGCAUCCACGGUCUGCUGGUGUCCACUUUUCGCAGGAAUAUCCUUGCACAGUUGAAAAUUGUAGGCAAUUUCCAUAGAGGCGGCCGGAUUUGGGUUGCGAGCAAAGUAUCAGUGUCCAAGACGGUGGUAACGACGAUUCUCUAGGAUGCGCGAAAGUGGGAUGAAAAGUGAUGAAGGUCCUUGACGAAAAAGACCCCGCAACUCCGGUGGCCGCCGUUCGCUUAGCAACCGUGGGUUUUGGUGAAACGGUGUGGCCACACUGCAAAUCGGGGGCAGUCGUUGGCCGAUAAGUGUUGAUAAAAUCUUUCCGUGUCCGAGUCCGUGUGCAAACAUUUUCUACCAGGAUCAACCAGCAACACUCCCCGAGAUCGAUGACGGCGUUCAAAAACGGCCCUGGCGCAUCCGCAGAUCAGAAGACCAGAUUUUUUCUCGUUAUCAUGAGGCUCAACUUGAAGUUCCUGUUGAUAAGUUUGUGCGUGACGGUGGCGUUGAUAACCUUCGCGCUCUGGGCGAACUGUGGCGUUGGCCGUGGGUUGGUACCGAAGUGGCCAAUUCAGCACAAUGGGGAAGGAGGAGGCAAUCCAUUCGAUCAGACGGAGGAAAUCGAUUGCAUUAUCAACCAGGAGUAUGCAGUCGGUUGCCGGAAGGAGGGUGAGGAGGUGUAUCUACCGUUCUCCUUUCUGCAAAAGUACUUCGACGUGUACGGUUCGCUGAAUGUAGUCGACGGUAGCCGGCGGUUUGACUGGACGCACAGCUACGGGAAGGUAAACUACCCGAAGGGUGCGUACGAUCCGCGUGGUAUCUUCAUGUACUUCGAGAACUACAACGUGGAGAUGCGUGAUCGCGUCAAGUGCAUCAGUGCGCUCGAGGGAGUGCCGAUUUCGACGCAAUGGGAAAGCCAAGGGUACUGCUAUGCGACACAGAUCGCACAGUUCGGUCUAUCGCAUUACAGCAAAAACCUUACCGAACCCGAACCCCGUCGGAAGGUGGUGGAGGAUGCGGAUCGCGAGCUGGCCCCUUGGAUUGUGCCGAAGAAUAGCACCAUGAAUCGAACGAUCGAUCAGAGGAUACCACGAGGAACGAAUAUGGUGUUGAGCUUCUCUACUGGCAAGUCCUUCGAUACGGCGGUCGUACUACCAAUGGAUCACGUGCUCGAUCUGGUGCUGAGUGUGGACGUGCUGCUGAAACCCAACUCAACGCUGUGUGUAACGUUGCAGAACCGAGAAACGCAACGGUUGUACCACGUGUACUAUAUACUGGCCGAUCUGUUGAUCGGUGUGCAGGAUGAGAACAUCUACUACGGCAUCGGUUUGAACAGUACCGGUGUGUGGAAGCGAUUGACGCGCGAUUUGUUUGUAGAUCUGCAGAAAGGACUACCGCAGUACGUCAACACGGACAAGCGACGAAAGAUGCGCCGAACGGAGUUAAAGGUGGUCGAGGUGUCACUGCUCGGUAAUGGUAGCAUCGACAAUCUGACACUUUCGACGAGCGAGCACAUUGCGCACUUCUACGAUGCGGCCGAAUGGUUGAUACGGCAUCAAGAUCCGAGCAGCGGUGGAUGGCCGAUACCGGUACGGCGAAAGUUGGGUUCCGGUUUCGCCGAACUAGCCCGUGGAUGGUACUCGGCCAUGGCACAGGGACACGCCAUUUCAUUGCUGGCUCGAGCAUACUACCAUUCACGGGGCGAUCAACGGUAUCUAAGGGCGGCGCUCGAUGGUCUCAAGCUAUUCCGGAUACCAUCGUACCAGGGUGGCGUAUUGGCAACGUUUCUGGGCAAGUACGCCUGGUACGAGGAAUACCCAACCACGCCGCAUUCGUUUGUACUGAACGGAUUCAUCUACUCGCUGCUCGGUCUGUACGAUCUAAACUCGACCGCACCGGCCAAUCAGUCCAACGAAGCCGCGAUGCUGUUUGAGCAAGGGAUGAUGAGCUUAAAGAAGAUGUUGCUACUGUACGACACGGGAUCUGGGACGAGCUACGACCUGCGCCAUUUUACUCUUGGCAUUGCACCAAAUCUAGCCCGUUGGGAUUACCAUGCAACGCACGUGAAUCAGCUGCUCCUUUUAGCGACCAUCGAUCCCGAUCCACUGAUAGUGCAGACGGCCGAACGGUGGAAGAACUACAUGGUAGGCAAGCGGGCACAGCACAACUAACGGGGCUGAGUGUUGGUUGGUUGUUAUUGCAGACCGAUUGGAACUUGCUCCAUUCGUAGAACUAUAAUCUCCUCCUCUUCCAACUUGUAUGCCUUACAUACCAAACAUAAUGUCGAAAGAACCACAAUGAAUCUAGAAAAAAAAAAUCGGCGCUAGUACUUUAGGUGUCACAAAGAGAAUGAUUCGUAAAGCUAUACCAGCUGGGCAGCUACAGCACGGGCUGCACCAGACAGAGGCACAAAGAUUGGCGUACUCACCAUCUCUUCCUUUCUCGGCUUUGCGGCUGAACAAAAUAUCAUCUUCUCUAGAAGGAGAAGGGCCACUCACUCGUGAUAUGAUCGGUACCUUUAGUAUAAACAACACUGUAAAUAUGCCCGCAAACUCCCCGUUCUGCCAUUCUUUGUACUCCCUUCUUCUCUGUACGAUGUGGAAAAAGAACAUCAAAGCGUUCGAUGGACAAGCGUUCAGUUUCGAUUGCACUAUGUGUAGCUAACAGAUAAAUGCUACAUUAGCUUUCGCAUUUCGUACCACAAUCGUGUGCAACGCACAUAAGGGCACAUACAGGCACGUCUUAGGAUCAUCUCGUUUCACAGUAGGAAACAUUCACAGUAGGGAUUGCAAAUGUCUUCUACUGGUCGAUACCACAGGGAAACGCGUUUUGUGGGCGCGUGGAAAGAAGGUUGUAGAAACUGUUUAAAAACUAUCAUCGACUUACGUAACACGGGUAGGUUUUGAUCAUUUGAGUACUUAAAUGAUGGUUCACUAAAGCACACAAAUUACUUGCCAUUUGUAUGAUAUGUAUAUGAUCUUCGGUGAAUCAUUGCUGCCGUACUUUCGUUUGCCUGUUAAGUUUGUUUAUGGUUACACCUUAGCUAUUAGAAGGAUAUGAUUCAAUCCAAUUGUACAAGAGCGUUCAUUUUGUUAUUACCUUUCAUCCCAUCGUCAGUUAUGUGACGGUGCACAAAUGAUCGCAACAUAUUUGUAAGAAUCUGUGACAGAAAAGAAGCUAAAAUCUUUGUAGGAAUAAUACUAAUCAAACUAGAACUAACAGUACAUAGAUCAACCUUUAGAGAGCUUAUAGUGGAUACACAAAUUAUUGUACGAAAUGAUACUUUUGAAGCACCUCGAAAAAAAGAAAACUCCAUUGCUACUGGCAAUGAUGAACCAACGUUUGAACGUUGUGAAAGAAGUGGAAAACACUCAUUGAGGCAAAUACCUAUCUUUUCAGUCCCUUAACUGCAUGCUUCACCGUGUAAUCAGAGACGAAAAGAUAAUAUUAUCAGCAUCAAGCAAAUUCUCUUUCCAUUAUUAACUGAUUAUAGUUCCUUGAAAUAGUUCGUAAUACUAUUUAUCAUCUAAGUUAAAUCCUGUACAAUAAUUUACAGAUGCUCGGCAUCAUAUUGACAACGACUUGAAGUUUUCAAUUUCAGAUUUGAAGCAAGAAUGCCCCUUUCGUAAUCAAUCAUUUAUUACAUCUAACCAAAACCCUACAAGACUGCAUCCAACAGAUGAAACUGGAUGGUUAGUAUGUACCUUACGGCUUUGCGGUUGGUUAGUUUCCUGGAUAUGGGACGAUGGACAAACAUUAAUGCGUUAAACAUAUUCUUGCAUAUCGAAUUUGCUAUUUUGAGCCUGAUAGUGAGUUCCCGCUUCCGAUCAACAAUUGCUUCAAAAAGGGAUUCCUGUCAGUAAAACUGAUGAAAUGAGGUCACACGGUGGAUGAAAAGAGCCUGUAAAAAUGAUAGCUAGCAGUAGAAUCGCACGGUAUUCGCACAUUCGUAGUAAAAGGAUUUUCCUUACUGUCAUGCUUUUGAACCUUCAACGGUACCGUGCAAGCCAUCUGAUUGUGUAAGGUAGAGGGAGAAACGCCUAGUGUAGUCACAUCUGAAUCGAACGUUCGUUAGAAGGCUGUUAGAAUGAGUGUUUUGUAAUAAUAACUCUCUUGACAAUAACAUGAUGAGGAUAGGUUUAAAUUUGUAUCGUUGCCUGUUUCGCUGAUCAGCUAUCAGCCAUUGGAAUUUGUAUAUUUGUAAAAAUGUGGUAGAUUCCGGAACUCCCGGAGGCUUCAUUUGUCACCACAAGCAACUAACACAACAGCUUCUCCCACUUUUAGUUUGGUCGGUUCAAUGCAUUAGAACUAUUUUUCAGUUCGAUUGGCUAAACCUAUGGAAAAAUAGAAUCAAUAGAAGUAUGCUGCGUUGCUGAGCCUUGUCAAUUUGGUAAGGUGAGAUAAGGAACGGUUAAUACGGUUUGUCAGGAAAAGAAAGUGAUGGAAUCGACAGUAAUAGCAACACUUAUUACAUGCAAGUAGCUACAAACAAUCUUAGAACUAUUGCCGAUAAGUAUGACGUGUACAAAUUUGUAGUUAAUUAAUAACGAAAGCAAAAGACUAGUGAACACACUGAAUCCUAUGCAAGAAGUGAAGAUGCACUCCAUUUCCAAACGUACGGAACUAACCGACACAGCAGUACCAAAUCUACACGAAGCUAGUUGUGAACUUUAAAUCAUUAUCACCGGCGGAAAAUGUUUCGAAUCGGAUAAUGUUAUAUAGAAAAAUAUGACCAAAACCACUCUGUUUUCCGGUGCGAUUUCGUCGCGAAGGCCGGCUGCCACUGUACGAAGUAUAAUCUCUUUUGCUAAUACAAACCAUGUAGCACGAAACGUACGAACUGUCGAAUAAGAGUAGUAGAAAACCACUGACCACUGCACUCGAGCAUCUCUCAUCUGGAUUCGAUUAGCUCUACGGGGUACACACUCCUAUCUAUUUCAAUUACUAUCAUCAUAAUAAUCUCGUCUUUCCCUGCACUGUUGCGUCUCGUCGAUUUGAGAGAAACAAAAGAAUACAAAACAUAGCAGAAACAAGCGCUGUACGUGUUCCUAAUCCAGGGACUUUUGUAGACCGUUUUUCUCCGUUGGAUCCACUUUUGCGAUCGCUCCGCAUCACCUGGAUGGUUAAAAAAUACCAGCAUCUCCCACUAAAGAGCGCUCUACUUCCUUUUUCUAACCAAAAAAAAAAAAAAGAAUCCUACCACUAGCACACCCUGCAGAAAGGUACAAUUGAAAUGGCGAUGUCAAUAAGGAAUAGCAUAUCAUAGACGUUGGUUUGGUUAGUAGUAGAGCGGUGGGGUGGGGCUUCAAAGCGCUAUCAAAGAAGUACACUAAUAAUAACUAUGAUAAUAUCACUAACGUAACGUGACGAAUCUGUGCAUGAGCAUAGCAAACCAGAUUCUUGCUGCACAAGACUUAAAAGCGACACAUACCACAUGGUUCGCAGUUAUCAAUAAACCAGUAUGAACGAA